AUGCAGACUACCAACAAUGAUCAGUCCACUGCAACUUCAAGUUCUUCAACAGAGACUGAGGUUACACCAACUCUGCCUCCAAAGACCACUGGAUUCACAGAGACCUCAGCUGAGUAUAGGACAGACACAGCAGUAACCAAUCUGGAAACAACCCAACCCUCUCUAACCAGCACCGAACCAUUAACAACAGAGCCAAAGACUACAUCUGUGACAACCAUCAUUCCCACGGAUUCAACUGAAUCCAACACAUCACCAGAAACAUCCACCACUGUAGGAACAAUGCAGACUACCAACAAUGAUCAGUCCACUGCAACUUCAAGUUCUUCAACAGAGACUGAGGUUACACCAACUCUGCCUCCAAAGACCACUGGAUUCACAGAGACCUCAGCUGAGUAUAGGACAGACACAGCAGUAACCAAUCUGGAAACAACCCAACCCUCUCUAACCAGCACCGAACCAUUAACAACAGCUACUUCUCAUUCCACAGUAUUCGGCAGCACGCCAUUUGUUACACAACCUACGUCAACAAGUGAGAAAACAAGUGAUUCUCCAACUACCCCCGAGUGCAACGAAGGGGAUUGUCAGUGUCAAGCAGGCGAGUGCAAGUACAGCGUAGAGCUUCGCAAAUGUCACUGCUUUUGCCCAGACAACAUUUAUGGAGAUACGUGCUCCUACGGACAAAACAACACAUCUCCUGAUAUUGAUACUGGUGCCAUACCUACUCGAAAAGCAGAUAUUACUUUGGACAUCAAGAUCACCUUUCUGGACGCUUAUAAUAAUCUGUCAUCCCCAGAGUCACUAGAUUUCAUCACCAAAUUACAAAAGGAGCUUGAACCCCUAUGCAACCAAGCGGAACCUGAAGCCUUUGAAAAAGUACAAGUCGUCAAGUUAUCACCAGGAAGUAGUCUUGCAGCAAGGCUAGCAAGGGGCCUCUACCAGGACACCAAAGUUCAGUCCGCGAACGCCCUGAUCAAGAAGAUAAAGUCUCUGCUCAAGAAGGCCAACUCCAAAGUAGAAGUCGUGGCUCUGUCACCGAGUAGCGUGGCCGCGACAAGCCGAGCAGAGUACUCUUAUCAGAACAACGUAACCCAAAUCCAAUGGCUCAACACUCACCUCGAUGACAACUUGGCCCAAAUCCUGAAGGAGAACAUCAGCCUGGUCUCUCAGGCCUUUAGCAACGCAAGCGUGCAGUUCAAGGAAGUCGUCUCCGCGCCAAUCGAGAUCCACAACAUCACAGACUUGCAGUCUUUUAUCAACUGCUCAAAGUUUGUGAAUUACACCAGCGAAGUGGUUGGAGAUCAGUGGCAGUGUGUUGGACCGUGUAAGAGGUGGCCUGACUACUGCAGUGCACACGGGGAAUGUCUUAACGAUAUUAACAAAGGAGCCCUUUGCAGAUGCUCCGAGUCCAGCAUCAGGCAGUACUACGGCCAGAGAUGCCAGCUCUACCGAUGGGGUCCUGGUUUCUAUGGAGCUUUGUUUGGAUCAAUAGCAGUGUUCCUGCUGCUCCUCACCACCAUCCUCGUUGUCUUCCUGCUCAAAAAGAGACACUGCUACUCCUGGAAAAUAAAUCGCGUCGGUGAUUUCUUAGAUUUUGAAGAAGAUUACUUUGACUUCACAGACACAGGAAUUGAUGGGAUUUACACUCCUGAACCUUUUUAGUCACACCAACAAGGUGUUGAUUCCCACUCAUACUGGAGGGGUCAACAAAAGGCUCUGAAGCGUUAAACAUCACCUCCACGAGAAGCUGCAAUGUUUGUACAUGAGAGUUCUUUAUUUAUCUUAUAUAUGUCAGAUGUGUGUUUGCUUCACAUUAAAAAAUAGUUAAUGUUGAUUUUUGUUUUGUUUUGCUCCGUCGUACUGUCAGAUAU